UCCCCAAAUUAGGAUUAACUCUUCCCAGCAAAUUAAACCCGCAGCCAAACAGCCCCCUAAAGCGUAAAGCCUAAAACCCUACCCAUAUAAAUACCCACACACCCCACCCAUUUUCUCUUCGUCUUCUCUCAUGGACUAUAUUACCCUCCAACCCGCCUAGAAUUUACACUUCUCCUAUUUUUUUUUUUAUUUCUUUAAAAAAAAAAAGAAAAAAGACAAGAAAAAUGCUGGUAUCGGUAUUUCUGGCACUGUUUCUACCGUGCGCCGGCAUGAGCGCGGUGUUUCUUGUCUACAUCUGUUUGCUAUGCUACGCCGCGAACAACGACGAGAACCAGCCGGAGUUACCCGAACCGCCGGUUAAAGCCGGUCAAACUAAGGGCCUUUCACCUUCCGAUCUCGAGAAGCUUCCGAAAGUGACCGGCAAGGAUUUGGUUCUGGCCGGUGACUGCGCGGUUUGUCUUGACGAAAUCGAGAGCGAUCAACCGGCUAGAAUGGUACCAGGUUGCAACCAUGGAUUCCAUCUAGAAUGCGCCGAUGCUUGGCUUUCGAAGAAUCCAAUUUGCCCUGUUUGCAGAGCCGCCAUUGGUCCUGAGCUUUUCAAUCCACCUGAAAUUGAUCCUUGCUAAAAUGAACCGGAAUUGCUCUCUUCUUUAGAAUCAUUCACAAUUUUGUUUCUUUUUUUUUGUAUGUACAAUUUUGUUUUAUUUUUUUAUUUUUGAUUAGUUAAGUCAUAUUCAUCUUAUUAGUUAUAAAUUAAUUUGUUUUGUUUCACUAAUUUCGUAUUCAUUCGGGCUUAUAUCAUUUUUAUUUUAUUUAUUUAUUAUUUUAAUAAAUUGGCCCACAUACAAUUUUCGGACAUGAA